GCUGAGGUAUAGGUACCGGGGGAUGUGAUCUGAGGAGGCGGAGUCCGGGUCUGAGGGGGUCUGGGUCUCUGCAGGCUUUCUAACCCGUAACCAUUACCAGCAGCUCCGCUUUGUGACCCCGGACACGUUCAGGGUCUGGAGAGUCUCGCGGCUUUCUAACGUUAAGGGGACCGGGACUGGCGGACUCACGGACCGGGACUCACGGGCUCACGGACCGGGAUCUACGGACUCACGGACCGGGAUCUACGGACUCACGGGCUCACGGACCGGGAUCUACGGACUCACGGACUCACGGACCGGGACGUUUCUCCGUUUGGUUUUUCCUUUGAAGACCAGCAGCAUGUUGGGGCUCGCGCUGCUGCUCGCUCUGCAGGUGUGCUCAGGUGGCGCCGAGGGGGGCGGGGCCUCAGUCGAUGAUGUCAGCAUCCCUGAGCUCAGUGACGUGUGCACAGAGGGCAGCUGUUACCCGGCAACAGGAGACCUUCUGAUUGGCCGAGCCCACCAACUGUCGUCCACCUCUACCUGCGGAUUGAACCGCCCCGAACCAUUCUGCAUUGUCAGCCACCUGCAGGAGGAGAAGAAGUGCUUCCUGUGCGACUCGGCGACUCCGUACGAUCAGCUGAGUGAACAGAUGAGCGGCCAUCGCAUCGAGAACGUUGUCACAACGUUCGCUCCCAACAGACUGAAGACCUGGUGGCAGUCUGAGAAUGGCGUGGAGAACGUCACGGUGCAGCUGAAGCUGGAGGCCGAGUUUCACUUCACACAUCUCAUCAUGACCUUUAAGACGUUCCGUCCGGCUGCCAUGGUGAUCGAGCGAUCAGCUGACUUUGGGAAGACGUGGAAGGUUUACCGGUACUUUGCCUACGACUGCGAGACCUCGUUCCCGUCGGUCUCCCACGGUCCGAUGCAGAAGGUCGACGACGUCAUCUGUGACUCGCGUUACUCGGACAUCGAGCCGUCCACCGAAGGAGAGGUGAUUUUCCGAGUCCUGGACCCGGCAUUCAGGAUCGAUGACCCCUACAGCCCCCGAAUCCAGAACAUGUUGAAGAUCACGGACCUGCGGGUGAAGUUCACCAAGCUGCACACGCUGGGGGACAACCUGCUGGACUCCCGCAUGGAGAUCAAGGAGAAGUACUACUACGCCAUCUUCGACAUGGUGGUCCGAGGAAACUGCUUCUGCUACGGACACGCCUCCGAGUGUGCCCCGGUCCAGGGAGCCGGACAGGCCACCGAGGGCAUGGUCCACGGUCACUGCAUGUGUAACCACAACACCAAAGGUCUGAACUGUGAGCAGUGUCAGGACUUCUACCACGAGUUGCCAUGGCGACCAGCCGAGGGACGCAACACCAACGCCUGCAAGAAGUGUAACUGUAACCAGCACUCCGACUCGUGUCAUUUCGACAUGGCCAUGUUUGUGGCUUCAGGAAACGUCAGCGGGGGGGUCUGUGACGAGUGUCAGCACAACACGGCCGGACACAACUGUGAACAGUGUCAACCCUUUUUCUACCAAAACCCAGAGAGGGACGUCCGAGACCCCAACAUCUGCCAGCCCUGUAACUGCGACCCCCUCGGCUCUCUGAAUGGGGGGGUCUGCGACGGCCUGACGGACGUUCGGCUCGGUCUAAUCGCUGGUCAGUGUCGCUGUAAAAGCAACGUGGAAGGAGAGCGCUGCGAGCGCUGCAGACCGGCACACUACGGGCUGGGGGACACGCCUGAAGGCUGUACAGCCUGUAGCUGCAGCCCCGUGGGAACUCUUCCUGGAGGAAAUCCCUGCGACAGUGAAACAGGAAGUUGCUUCUGUAAACGUCUGGUGACGGGACAAAACUGUGACCAGUGUGAGGCUGAACACUGGGGUCUCAGUAACGAUAUGGACGGCUGCAGACCAUGUGACUGUGACCUUGGAGGAGCUGUCAACAACCAGUGUGAUCAGGUGAGCGGUCAGUGCGUCUGCAGAGAUCACAUGUUCGGUCGACGCUGUGAUCAGGUCCAGUCUGGAUUCUACUUCAUCGCUCUGGAUCACUACACCUAUGAGGCCGAGGACGCCAAGUUUGGACCUGGAGUGACGGUGGUGCCACGACCCCACCCUCUGGACCGCAGUCCCACCUGGACAGGUAUCGGCCUGGUCAAUGUCCCAGAGGGGGCCUUCCUGGAGUUCUCCGUGGACAACAUCCCCCACUCCAUGGAGUAUGACAUCAUCAUCCGCUACGAACCUCAGCUGCCCGACCAAUGGGAGGAGGUUCUGAUGACCGUGAUGAGACCUGGACCAAUCAGAGCAGACAGUCGCUGUGUCAACACGGUUCCCGACGACGACCACCAGAUGAUCUCGCUUCAUCCCGGCUCACGGUACGUGGCUCUUCCCAGACCGGUUUGUUUUGAAUCUGGUCUGAACUACACGAUCCGCCUCAGCCUGCCGCUGUACUCGGCCGUCAGCGACGUCCAGUCUCCGUACACGCUCAUUGACUCGAUCGUGUUGAUGCCCCACUGUAAGAACCUGGAGAUCUUCUCGGGGGGGUCAGCAGAAGGCGAGUCCAGCGGGUGGGAGACCUUUCAGCGUUACCGUUGCCUUGACAACAGCCAGAGCGUCGUCAAGUCUCCGAUGACGGAGAUCUGCAGGAGCUUCAUCUUCAGCAUCUCCGCCCUGCUGCACCAGGGGGCCAAAGAAUGCCAGUGUGACCCCCAGGGCUCCCUGAGCACGGUGUGUGACCCCAGCGGGGGUCAGUGCCGGUGUCGGCCCAACGUGGUCGGCAGGAACUGUGACCGCUGUUCUCCGGACACCUUCCAGUUCGGCCCCAACGGAUGCAGAGCCUGUGCGUGCGACCCUCAGGGCUCUCAGAGUUCGUUGUGCGAUCAGCUGACUGGUCAGUGUGUGUGUGUGUCCGGGGCGUACGGGCGGCAGUGUGAGCGCUGUCUGCCGGGUCACUGGGGCUUCCCCACCUGCCGCCCCUGCUCCUGCAACGGGCACGCCAGCGACUGCCAGGCCGACACGGGGCGCUGCCUCGACUGCAGGGACCACACCACCGGGCACACCUGUGACAGGUGUCUGGGUGGUUACUAUGGUAACCCGGUUGGGUCAGGUGACCACUGCCGGCCCUGCAUGUGUCCCGACGCCCCCGACAGCUCGCGGCAGUUUGCAGGAAGCUGUUCCCGUAGCGACGACUCCCAGCAGGCCGUCUGUGUCUGCACCGGAUUCAGGGGUGCUCGCUGUGACGAGUGCUCCCCUGGUUACUAUGGAAACCCUGGCGAGGUGGGGGGGCAGUGCCAGCCCUGUCAGUGCAACAACAACAUCGACGUGCUGGACCCCGGGGCCUGCGACCCCCGCACCGGCGAGUGUCUGCGCUGCCUGCACCACAGCGAGGGCCCCGCCUGCCAGACCUGCAGGCCCGGUUACUACGGCAACGCCCUGCUGCAGGACUGCAGCA